UAUUUAUGAAUUUAAACCAAUUGAUCUUGAUGAUGGUCUUAAUGGUUUAGUUUCAAUUGAAUGUCUUAAUUGUACAUCAAAUUAUUAUUUUAAUUUAAUAAAAAAUAAUCUUACAAAUUCAUCAAUAUUAAUAACAAAAGUCAAUGUAACAGUACCUGAUGGAAUAUAUACACUUGCAUUUCUAUUACGUGAUCAUGGUUUACCUAUAUCACGUGAACGUUUUUAUACAUUAAAAUUUAAUUUAACUCAUCGUUUAAUAAAUGAAGAAGAAAAUAAUGAAAAUUUUUUUCUAACAACUUCUUCAAUGCCAUUUUUAAUGAGACAAAAAAAUUUUUUAUCAAAAUUAUUUUUAGAAAAAUUUCAAUGGCGUUUUCUUAUAUUAUUAGUUAUAAGUUGGUUUAUACUUGUUCUUACAGCUAUAUGGACAUGUUAUCGUUAUGAUCGUAUAUCAAUAAAAAAACGAAAUGAAAAUGAACAACAACAUCAACAAUUUGAAAUUCACGUAAGACAACAUGAAAUAAUUAAUCAACCAAUUACAGUUUUACCUAAAUCAUUAUCUCUUCCAAAUAACUCUCAACAACAAUAUGAAAAAGAAACAUUAACACAUGAUGAUGAUGAAAUUGAAGAUACAAGUUAUGAUGCUGAUCAUAUUAUAACUGAUGCUAAUUUCGUUUUAACUUCUGGUUGCGCAGCAAAUGAAUCGAAUAUUCGAUAUUUUGGAAACGGCGUUCAUUUUGGUUAUUUACCAUCUAAUAAUAACCUUUCAGCCAAUUUAAAUUCUAUUGCUAUUCGAAAUCAUCAUACACACGCAACACUUCGUUCAACAAGUUUUUCACGACUGCAUAACUCCUGUUCUCGUUGUCAACUAUCAUCUAUAAUGAAUUCAAGAGAGACAAUGUUAACAGAUGCCGGUAUGCUUUUUCUUUUUCUUUUUCUUUUUCUUUUCUUUUUUCUUAUUGUUUACUUUUUAAGAAAAGAACUUAGUUACCAUACAUGAUCCCAUUGGAGAAAUAACUCGAAGAAUAUUGGAUUAAAUUCUUUUCCAAUUUUUUUUGUGGUCUGUGCGUGUUGUAUCUCUCAAGAGAUUUACUAGACUAGAAAAGCUGACAGACGAGAGUGAAUCAGUAUUAUUCAUCACUGACUUGAAAGAUGAUUUAGCACAUACCAUAUGCUUCUUUUUCUUUUUCUUUUUUUGAUAUAUAUAAAACAAAUAUUCUUAUUUUUGUAAGAGAUUCUUGAAAAUA